GCAAGGCUUCUUGGGAGUUGAAGUUCUCCGUUCUUCCUUCCCAAGGCCGAACCGCAACUCGAGGACUACGUUUCCCAUAGUAGCCUCGCGGGCUGCUUGAGUUCCCGGAAGGCGGCUCUGCCCUCCGGUAUCAAGGCGGCUAGUUCAAGUUGCCAUAGCGGCGAGGUUUCAAGAUACUGAUGGCAGAUUCAUCCAGUGAUUCAGACAACUUUUUUAGGGCUCAAAUAGGAAGAUGGCCACCUUUGAGGAAAGCAUCUCACAACAGAGCUUGGAACUAUGGUGCUGAAGAAGUUACAGAGAAGAUUCAUACGUUAGCAAGCACUUUACAGGAUACCAACAGAAACCUGAGACAUGUUGACCAUUUGCUGGGGCAAUACAGAGAAUACAACAAGGAACAAACAGAAGCAAUAGCAACUUUAAAAGAAACAUUGGAACAGUCUAUAGGUCAGUUAAAGAGUCAACGACUAACCCGAAAUUCUGGAAUGAGAAGUGCUUCUCUCUCAAGUUUAUACCCUAGUGAUUUGGAUGGGGAAACUGUGUCAGGGAUCCACCACUUCGUGCCUACUUCUCCUCUCAGGGACUAUGGAGACUCACAGGGCAAUAGACAUCGAAGGUCUAGAUCUGCAAGUGUUCGAUUUGUCAACGAGACUGAUAAUUUGAAUCAGCUGCAUUCUUUCCACCAGUCUCUUCGCGAUAUUAGUAGUGAACAAGUUCGUCUUGGAGAUGACAUCAGUCGGGAGCUUUCAAGAAGAGAUAGGGCUGAUGCAGAAAUGAGAGAGGCUCUAGCGGCAUUGUCUGAAAAGCUCUCGGAGUCCCAAAAACAAGAAACGGUAUCAACACGUGUAGAGAGAAGACUUCAGGAGAUAGAACAAGAAAUGCGUGCUGAAAGACAGCUUAUAGAAAGGCGCCAGGACCAACUGGGACAGAUGUCUGUUCAAUUACAAGAGGCUUUAAAGAAGCAGGAUGCUAAAGCAAUAGAAACAGAAGAACUUGUGAAAAAUAAAGUUGUGAAAUAUGAAAGUGAAAAGAAACAACUUGAGCAAGAAUUGGAGCAGUCCCAGAAAAAGCUGAAUCAAUCAGAAAGCAAUAGAGAAGCUCUUUUGCAUCAGAUUGAAGAUCUUCGUUCCCAACUUUUGAGAGCAGAGGAAGAUCGUGCGGACUUGCAGCGUCAAAUUUCAAGUGUGGUUAUGCACCAUCAGAGCUCCCAGGAUGUGCGAGAAGAUGAAAGGAGAAUUAGAACAGUAGCUGAAAGAUAUGAGAGAGAAAAGCAAGAACUGGAGAAACAUAUUUUGGAGCUUAAAGCAAAACUGACUCAUAACACAGCAAUGUCAGAGAUAGAAGAGCUAAAGAGACACAUGGAGCAUAAGGACAAGGAGAAAGCACAGCUUGUAUUGCACAUAGAGGCGUUAACAUCUGACCUGGAAAACAGGAAGAAGCAGCAGCAAAAAAUGCUAGACCAGCUAAAAGAGAUGCAGAGUUGCUACAGGGCUAGUGAGAAUGGACGUAGGCAAACAGAACUCCAGACUGCUGAGUUAGCUCAUCAAGUUCAAGAGAGUACCAAGGAAGCAGAACGGUACCUUACUGAAUUCAAGCAUUCAGAGACACUCAGGCUGGAAACUGAGAAAAGAAGAGAAGAUUUGAAGGUGAGAGCACAGGAAGCCAUCCGACAAUGGAAACUGAAGUGUAAGAAACUGGAUCGUGAGGUGGAAAAACAAAAUGAAGCUAUAAGUGAACUGAUGGAUAAAAAUAAUCAGGUCCUCAAGGAGAAAGAUGACCUCAGAAAUCAACUUCUCUCUGCUAUACACCAAGUAGAAAACCUUCAGAAAGAAUUGGAUGAUGUGCUUACAAAAAGAGCCCAGCAGGAAGAACAUCUUCACUGCAAAGAGGUAAAACUAAAUGAAAUGAAAUCUCAACAGCUAUCUCUGGAAGAAGAGAUAAAGGAAGUUCGAGGUACUGUAAAUAAAUUAGAGAAUGAGUUGAAAAAGCAAAUCUUCCUACAAAAUCAGAUGCAAGCUGAAAAGGAACGUUUGGAGCAAGAGCUUGCAAGUAGUAACUCAAUUCAUGAAAAAGACCUGGAAAGACUCUUAGAAAUGCAAGCAGAUGUAAAAAAUUUGAGUGCUGUGCGUGUGGAGCUUACAAACAGAAUAGCAGAAGAAGAAAAAAUCAAAAAGGAAUUACAUAGGAGCCUCUCAGAACUCCAGAAACAUCAGGAAUCUAAGCAUGAAGAGAUGACUUCAGCUAAUAAACAGCUGAAGAUGGAAAGAGAAGUUCAUCAACAGGAGUCAGCAGAACUUCGAUUAGAGUUACAUAAUGCUAAAAUCAAACAUGAACGAAACAUUCAAGAGCUUACAAAACUCCUUAAACAAGAAAAGGAUGAUGCAGACUCUCAGAUCAGAAUGCUAAAGAUGGAACUUGUAGAACAGAAGAGCAUAGUCAAGACUCAGAGUCAACAACUGGAGAAGAUAAAAAUAGAAUGUGAUAAAUUGACAAAAGAAUUAACCCAGUGUGAAGAAGAAAAUACAGAACUCAGGCGAAAAUUUGAGUUUGUAAAACAUGAACUAGAGAAAAAGGAUAAACAGAUCAGCGAUGAAGAAGAUCAUUUGAGAAGGAUGGACAAGGCAAGACUGCAAUUUAAGGUUCAGCUGCAUCAUUUAGAAAUGGAAAAGGAAUCUAUUCUCACCACGAUCGGGACUGAAAUUGAUACUGCUUGUGAGAUUUUUUCUCGGGAUUGCAUGGAGAAAUUCAAAGCAAUAUCACUUACACCGACAGUGCUGAAUGAUCCUCAUCGUUGGUUAGCAGAGACAAAGACUAAGCUGCAGUGGCUGUGCGAAGAGGUGAAGGAGAGAGAAAGUAAAGAAAAAAAGCUGCGACGCUACUUGCUGCAGAGCCAACAACAUCUCAAGCACUUUACACAGCUGAAGGAGUCUGAACAUCAGUCUCUCUUCAAAAAGAUAAAAAAGCAAGAACAACUUUUGGAAGAAGUUUACAGAGAGAGGAGAGAGCUACGAGAGAAGUUGCUCAGAAGAGAGGAAGAAAUGGGAGCUCUCCAGGAACGAAUUAUGUCCUUAGAAAAGAGUACUCGAGUAGCUUUAGACCAUCUGGAGUCUGUUCCUGAGAAACUGAGCCUCUUAGAAGAUUUCAAAGAUAUUGGAGAGUCCCAUUGCAGGAGGGAGAUGAUUGAGGAGAGGUAUACAAAGUAUAAAGAAAUAGUGACUUCUCUGCAGCAGCAGCUGGAAGGCUCAAAACAAAGAGCCCAACAAUUCAAGGUUGGAUGCAGCAGCCAUGUGGAAAUGGAUGCCGAAAUUUCUGGUAUACAAGUGGCUGCUUCUUCUUCUAGUUGGCAAACUCAAAACAACUUUUUGUCCAGCUCACUGCUCUCAGAUUCUAGUUCACAUAUGCAGAGAAUAAUCCCUUUUGAUACAAAUGCUACCAAGGAAGAUUCUGUUAAUGCUGCCAUCAGUGAAAUGAAGCUGCAAGCAGGAAGAGGGAAGCAGUAGGACAUUUUACAAAAACUCAGAAGACUUUCUUUGAACUGGUAAUUCCAUCCACUGUAGGAGGAAACAUCCGUAAUGAUUCAAUGAUUGCCAAACACUUCAAUGAAGAGUCCCAAAAGAGACUCUGAUCAGCUCCUGUAACCUGUACACCAAAGGUUUUCUGAGACUGUGAUAUUCUUUUGCAUUUUGCUCUGCAGUUCUAAACUAAAUUUAUUGUAUCCCUGAAAUAUUAUGAAUUUAAAGAACUGUGACAUUAAUCUUUGAUAUGAGCUUAUUUACCCAUGUACAGGACUUGUGCUGACGUGUUAUUUAAAAAGAUUUAAUAAUAUUAUUAACAAUCAGAACUAUUCAUAAAAAAUGUUUGUCCUAGUAUUUAUUGAGUUAUUAUAGUGUUAUACAAGUACAUUUAUGAAUCUAGUCCUUCACUUUGCAACAAUUAUUUAUGAAAGAAGCAAUAAAUAUUAAUGCCUAAUUUCCUCUAAAUCAUAUCAUGUUUUCAAGCUCAUCAUGUGUCACUUGUAAGCUGUUUAGAAUUAUUCUUCUGAAUAGUUUUAUCAGAUGCUGUGGCGAAUUUGUUAUUGUGGGACCUCUAGUAAAGCACUCAAUAGCACCUGAAUCUCGAUUCAUCUGUAUUAAGUGUACAGAAGGGCAUUGCUAAGUGGCUGUGAAAGUUUUACUAGCAGGGCUUAAUGAUCACUUAUUUAUUCUAUUUUCUUCUCAGUUAGAAAAGACAUGUCAUGUUGGCAGUAUUGCAUGAUUGUAUUUGUUUGGAUGAUUCCAUUUUAAACAGUAAUGGUACAAUACUGCAUUACUGUGAUCUCAAGCAGCACAUCACAGAAGAAUUUGCUGUCAAAAGAAAUAACAGUUCUUCUGAUGGUCCUGAUUUUAUUUUCCAUUUUUUUUAGUGCUUCUGAUUGAAUCACUACUGCUGUGCCUUAAAAAUUUACCAAAUCUAUUAGAGUACUGUGUAACAUGAAUAUUUAUUUUGCAAUAAUUAUUUUGUACACUUCUUUCAUGCUUAGGAAGUGUUUCUCUAGAACACUGUUUUUUAGCGCCAUAGGCAUCUCAGGUCAUUAUGUGCCACCUUAAAACAGGAAUUUUUUUUUUUCUUUUUAAGUUUCUGAAGUUUUCUGACAUCCCAGUGGACUCUAUAGCCUUUACAGAGUCCAUAUGGAUUCUGUCUGUUUCAAACAGAACUUCUUGCUGAGAAUAUCAAAAUGGUAGAGAAAAAAAAAAAUUGUUUUCAUUUUCUAUGGACUUGAUUUUUUUCUCAUUUAUUUUGUAAAGUUUUCUUUACCUUCCACAUGUAUAUAAUGCUAUGCAUUGUUGUGUUGCCAUUGGCUUUUUAUACGUCUGUUAAUUCAAAAGGUUUGGAAAGCAAUGCAGUUAUGUCCAUCUCUUCUAAUCUCAACAGUGAUGGAAGGGCAGGACAAACGUAUAGCCAAAUAAGCCCUUCUGGAGAAGACAGGACAAAUGGAAUCCAAUUUCUGUCAUUGUCUACAAAGACUAUGGAUGUAAUGAAGUUGUGCUUAACUCAGGCCACAGGAACCAUAAACUAAACCAAGUGUAUGGUAUAUCCAAAAUUUGUGAUUUAUUUUUUUAAUUAGAUCAGAGCACAGCUAGAAAUGUUUAAAGUGUUUUUUUUUCUUCUGUUUAAACAUUAGAAAACUGCAAGAAAGUCUCCAGCCUGCAGAUUUUAUAAUACUUAAAAAUUGUGACAAAAAUAUUUUAAAAAGUCAUUUUAAAAUAUAUUAUAAAACAGCAAAUCAUGCUCUCUUAAGUCCGAGGGAUGGUUUGAAAGUAAUGCCUCCUAUUUUAUUAUGUUGUCCCAUAAUGUCAGAAGUGGAUAUUGGUGGUAUGGCAGUAGAUGUUGAACUUUUUCACCAAUAUUCCAUUCCAUGUUGUUGCUGAGGGACAGUCUGACAGGAUGGUGUCUGACAUGGAAAUGAUGAAGUGUGACAUGACAUGGAUAAAGUAAAGGGGUGUCACGGAAUUCCUCCAUGGAGAAAAAACUGCAUCCAUUCAUAUUCAUGGAUACUUCCUGAAAGUUCAGAGAGACCAAACUGGGUGCGAGCACAGGGAGGCAGUGGGUGUUGUGUUUCAGCAGUAGUGACAGUGACUGUAGUUCACCUUACACUGGUGCAGGUUUUUAUGAGUGUGACAUGCAGGCUCGUGUUCAUUGCUGAUGAAAAUGCAUGACUGAUGGUGGUGACCAUGUUGAAGAAUAGUGUUUUAUAGCCAAGAAUUUGCUCUAUGAAGUAGUGUCAUUGUGAUCUUUGUUGUAGUUUCCAUGAAAAUAAACAGGAGGCAUUGCUUUUGGAGCAAGCUAUGUAUAUCAUUUUGGAAAGAGUCUGCUGCUGAUGGAUAAAAAUAUGUGCUCUACUAACUUUACUGAAGCUGGAAUGUUUUUUGAAGUAAAUCACUUGCUGGAAAAUCAACGGAACUUAAAUGUCUCAGCUGAGAAGCAAUAUGUUGAGAAAUAACAUCCUCUCUAUUUCCUAAGGUAUUUGUAAAAAUCUGGAUGUUCAUUGUUUUUACCAUUUUAUGUAUCUGUACAUUGUUCAUCACUUGUAACUCAGAAAUCUGGUGUCUUUCCUUAAAGCAGCGUCACUUCUGCUUUACAGUAUUUAACAAUGAUGGAUAAGCAGUCUAAUCUCCCUUGCUAUUACGUAAAAUUCUGGAUUAUUUUUUAAAAGUGCAGGUGAAUAAAUUUAGUAAGUUUAGUGCUCAGUAUAUUUGCCUUUGACUGUGUGAUUGGGUUUACAGUAGAAUUCUUUUUCCUUCUUUAACAUUUUCUAAAAGGGUUGAGGGAACAGAAGAAAAGAAAUAAAACCACACACACACACACACACAGACACACACAUUAAUGAGAGGGGUUAUGGUUUCCAAAGCCAGGAAAUUGUUUCUUAAAUUUACCCUCUUGGCAUGGCAGUUCAGAUAGCAUGUAAUAUUUGUCUCUCUUCCACCUUUGAUAGAGGUUCAUAUUACAAAGUGAAUUUUGUUUCCUUUCUACUGAAGGCUAAAGUUCCUUUAAUGACAUUAUGUGAAACUGUCCCUUUGUGGUUUAAGCAACAAUAUUUUUUCCAUAUUGGCCUGAAAUAAUAUUCCUUUGACCAGUUUUAUUUUUUAAAGUAGAAAACCAGAUUAUUUUUGUAUAAAGCAUACUGUAUAUGUCAUAUCUUAAAAAUUACUGUCCUUUCUGGUUAUCAGGAUGGAUUUUAACCCUUCAGUGACUCAUUCCUACAUUCUUUCCUAUAACAGAAGUUUUCAAUAAUGAAAAAAAUGUCCUACCCCACCUAAAUUUGUUUUAUUUCUUUGUUCUGUUUAGUAUUUGGUAAAUCAGGCUACUUUAUUUGUAUAUAUUAAAUAAUGGCUAUAAUCAGCUAAGACCAGGUAUCUGUGCUUAUAAAGCUGUUCUGGAAUACAGGGUUUAAAUAUAGGGCUUUCAGAAAUGCACUGGGCCUUUAUUUUGGCAUCAAAUAAUUUUCACUUAACCUUCACAUUUUGUAAUAUCCUUCAGUUUUUUAAUAAUUUACAGGAAACAGAAGAGUAUUUAUCUGAAUUACUUUGGAGAAGGUAAUUACUAAAUAUUCAAGAGAGUAGAUUUGUAUUAUAUACACUUCAAAUUAAAAAUAGAUCUCAGUGUAUCAAGGAGUUUCCAUCCCUUUGUGGAGUGGAAUAGAGCAGAACUGAAUCACAAAGCAAAACAAAGCAAUUUUCUUAUUUUUCUCAAAAUUUUCAUGAAAGCCAUGUUUUGGUGAUGGUGAAAGUAUUCCUUGAAUAUUCAGAGCUCAGUCACAUUAUUGGUCUUUCUUUUCAGCUGUCUCAUUGACAGCUGAAGAUGAAAUUCCAUAGAACAAUGAAAAUACUCUUCUUAUAUUCUUCGAAAUCCAUUUGUGAGGUAAAAAGUCUACUUAUCAGUUCAUCUUUGGCUUAGAGGCAUAGUGGCUGCACCAAGGAGCACUGAAUAUAUUUUUCAUGAAUGAAAAUGCCAAUACUACCAUUACAGUAAAGAACUAGCUAUUAUUGUAAAACUGAUACCAUUUAUUUGUUACAGUCAAAUGUUAAAUGUUUUGCAUUUGGGCCGGAAGAACCCCAGGCACCCGUACAGGCUGGGAGGAGCGGUCCUUGAGAGCAGCUCGGCAGAGAAGGACCUGGGGGUCCUGAUGGACGAGAGACUGAAUAUGAGCCAGCAGUGCGCUCUGGCAGCUCGAAAGGCAAAUGGGAUCCUGGGCUCCAUCAGGAGAGGGGUGGCCAGCAGGGACAGGGAGGUGAUUGUCCCUCUCUACUCGGCUCUUGUGAGGCCCCAUCUGGAGUACUGUGUCCAGGUGUGGAGCCCUCAGUACAAGAAAGACAUUGAGAUUUUGGAAAGGGUCCAGAGGAGGGCGACUAAGAUGAUCAGGGGACUGGAGCACCUCCCCUAUGAGGACAGGCUGAGGGAGUUGGGCUUGUUCAGCCUGGAGAAGAGAAGGCUGCGGGGUGACCUCAUUGCAGCCUAUCAAUACCUGAAGGGAACCUACACCCAGGAGGGGAGUAAACUCUUCAAAAGGGCUGACAACAGCAGGACUAGGGGAAAUGGAUCCAAGUUGAAGGAGGGAAGAUUUAGGUUGGAUGUUAGGGGGAAGUUCUUUACUAGGAGAGUGGUUAGGCCCUGGAACGGGCUGCCCAGGGAGGUUGUGGAUGCCCCGUCCUUGGACGUGUUUAAGGCCAGGUUGGACGGGGUCCUGGGCAACCUGAUCUGAAUGUGUAUGUUUGGUGGCCCUGCUAGGCAGGGGGGUUGGAACUACAUGAUCCUUGGGGUCCCUUCCAACCCGGGUGAUUCUGUGAUUCUGUGAUUCUGUGAUUCUGUUAACCAUGGUUCUCUAAAUCUCCUCACAUUCAAACUGCAUACCUAGUAUAUCUGUGCCUCUUUAAGGCCUAUAUUCCCAGUACUGAAGUCAGUUGCAGACCAGUUAUCUGGAAAUGGAGGAGAAUGCAACACAGAUUCCUGAGGUGUUUGUUUUUUAUAUUUAUUUUUAUCUAACUGUAAAAUUUAGAAAUAGAUGUAGAAAAAAUCUGGUAGGUUUUUCCUAGGAGGAAUAGGAGGAACAGCUAUUUUUGCUGUUUUUCAGAACAGCUUAUUUUUGGUGUUUUAAUUUCAAAACGUUGGUAUUUCCAUCUAAAUCAAAGCAAUCCCUAAAUAAAAGUCCAUCUUGGGCUUUAUUUAUUUAUUUGUUUAUUACAUACAAAAAUAUUUUUCACUCUAGCAGAAGUCACUGCAGCCCUUUAGUUGGAAGCAUAACUGGGCUGUUAGGAGUACGUUGCUUUUCUGUGUAAAGAACUAAAUGAGAUUUUAAAUCUGAAAUGCAUAUUAGCGCUGUAUGCAGAGGUACAGCAGAACAGAAUGUGAUAACCUCAGUCUUUCAAAAAUCUGUAAUCUAAUGUCUCUGGGAAUGCUGACAACAUUGGAAGAGGUUACUGUGGUUGAACUAAAGCAACAUUCAGCAUUUAUCAUUUGUACUAACAACAAUAGCGACCAUGUUUCCAUAGCUAAAGUUGCAAAUCUGCCCUUACUCAGCCUGUAAGAAGGAGAUACCUGUUUUCUUGCCUUAAUACCAUAGGAAUUUUUGGUAUCGUGUAUGUGAGAAAAUAUGUGAUGAUUUUUUUUAGUAACAAGGAGGCACCUUCUUUUUGCUAUUUAGAGCUAAAUAUUCUUGGAAAUCAAUUAUUAGUGUAUUUUCAUUAAGGUACUAUAUUUAAAUACAAGAGCUGCAUAAGUAAGCCUGUUUUAGGUUUAGUUCUGCUAUCUUUAUUUAGGCAAGUGGCUGUUCAGUAUGUGUUUUUCUUCGUAGGCACAGUGAUUCUUUUGCCGUCUGUUAUUUCAUCUGUCUUCAGAUCAGAAUCAUUUUUAUCUUAGACUGCUUUUCUCAUCUGUCAUCUAUAUUGCACUAGGGUGUCAAAAAGCAUUUCUACACUUAACUCCACAUUAAUAAUUUUAGUAGUUGAUAUGCCCAGUGAAUGACAGUAAUUAUGAAGGCAGUUGUUGCCACUAACAUAAUCUCUUUUAAUGUGAAUUCUGCCACUCUUAAUUUGUUUAUUAAAAUAAAGCCUACUUGCUAAGCUACCCUCAGAUCACAUGUGCCUAAUUGUAACGAUUAUUGCUCCUGCAAAGGCAAAUUUAUCUAAGUUUGUUCGGAUGUUUUAAUUGCUUUUACUCAAUCUACUAUGAGUCCGUAGUGAAAAUAAUAAAGGAUAAGUACUGUUGCAGUAAUGCUGAAAUAUUAUAAACUUCAGGCAGAGGAAAAGGCUACAAACUGAUUUAGGAGAUCUGCUGAAAUAUGCAGUGGAACAAAAAAAUCAAGUAUUACGAAGUGUAUUUCUUCAAAUUACCCUCAGUUGAAACAGUUGCUGAUAUCUAAAAUACUUCUGAGAAGUAAUACUGAAAUUUGCUAAAGAUGGUCACAUGGUAUCAUUCUGAUAACCUGGAUUUCUGUGUCACUCACCUUGUUAAAUAAGCACUGAACUGGGAUGUCAGCCCAAAUUACGUCCUGGCAAUAGGCUUUUCACAGAAACCACCAGUAACCCACUUUUGGACUUACUGUGGAAAAAGAUCAGCAUCAGCUGUGCUUUACUGCUGGCCAAGAGAACAGUUUGCAUCUUUCGCAUAAGCUAUUUCAUCUAUGCAGCUCAAUAUGUGCACCAUUUUAAAAGAAGCCUUCAGUGCUAUUUCCAGCACAGACAACACAAUCUCAUCCAAACAUCUGUAACUAUGGAGUUUGCAGAUUUUUGUCAUGUAUUUUGACUCUCAGAGUAUCCGUAAAUCCAUCAGAAACCAUGGAGUUGUUUGUUUUGUCUUCACCAGAGAGAUAGGUAAAAAAAAUCUCUGUGAAAACAGAACAAUCAAGUAUCCAAGUCAAGAAACUCUUCAUUUUUCCAGGAUGAGAGUCAUUACUGAAACUUCACGAGAGCCUUAUACAAACUGUCUUUGAAGCCCCUGAAAAAAUCUACCUAUCUCAUUUCAAGUCAUCUCUUAUUGUGAGAGAUUUGCUUAGUUUUCUCCUGUACUUUGGAAAUUCUCUUAUUUGCAAUAUAGACUGAAUAUCAGACUUGAAAAAAUUUCAUACAUACUGCUGGCUGGCUUGAUGCGUUUUAAUAAAUGCAUCAGAUGUUCAAAAUUCAACCUUGCUAUGGCCUUAGUGGAAGAAAGUAACAAAUAGGCAUUUAGCCUAUACGUGAUAGAAGGGCAUCUAUUCUGUGUAAUGCUGUUUUUGAAGGUGGAUCUCUUCUGAAGCUGAAAUUUCUGUAUGUGCUUACUAGUAAAUGCUGGGUGGUUUUUGUUUUUGUUUUGUUUUCCCCUGGGAAUGUGAGAAAAAAUCAGUCACUGGAGUUCUGUUUUAUCAUUUCAUGCCGCUGGUUCCUGCUUAAUUUAGGGAUAACUAAAAGACCAGCUAAUCCCAAUACCUCAUUAAAAGCAUUUCUAAGUUAAUUACUGCAUGAGUAAUUUUCACCCAGAUAUUUUAUUUUUAUUUAAUUCAAAUAAAAUACAGUGCCUUUCCCAUUUAGCAUUCUAAAACUGAAACAAAGUGGAUCUUGUGAUGUAACAUUUUGAUUGGGAAAUUCUCAAACUCAGGUUGCCUUGGCAUCUAAUACACGUGUCAGUGGACAUAUUGCAUCAUAUUUCCCAGUCCACAGUUGCUGCUGCAGUUCACUGUAAAAUGACUUUACAAAACUCUCAGGCUUCCAAUGAAUUGAAUGUGUGCAAGAUGCUCCGUACUGGUUUAAAGUCAGAAAGGUCAGUUUGAUACCUCUAAACUGCCUACCUGCAAAUGAAAUGGAGACUGGUAUACAGGAAUGAAAUUCCUCAGCAUGUGAUUAUUUCCAGACAUUAAAUCUUGAAAGACCUUUUCCAGCAGUUCAGCAAGGAGUCCAUCCCCUGAUUUAAUGUAAAAGGCUCACUGACUACGUUCCCAUAUAAAUUCAACUUUCAGCAGAGAAAAGGAAUAUCUAUGCAAAGAAACUGUAUAUCUGUCUUUUCUUAAUUUUCCUGCCUCAUAGGUUUUAUUUUGUGUGUCUGUAUAAACAUAUUGCUAUUUUUCAUUCCUCUAAAAUGUGCCAGAGAGGCAGCUUGCUGAAUGUGAUAUUGCUGAACUAGCAGAGAUAUUGCGGGUUCCUCUGAAUUUGAUUACCAAAUGGUGAAGGUGCGUUCAGACUUUUAAUGGCUGUACAGACAUUAUGUGAAUCGUCCCAUUCACAUAAAUACGUACAUAUCUUACAGUCAUAGACAUGCAUAAACAUGUAUGAUCAUACACUGUAAAACUUUACUGAUCUAACAGAAAAUUAACCCUUUGUGCUUUGAAAUACAUAUGACUGAAGCUAGAUGUGUGCUUUGAAAUCUAGAUGACAGAGGCAUCUCCAAUAUCAAUGAAGUCAGCAUUUAAUGAUGAGUUUGAGGAAAGGAUGAAGGAAUAUUUUCUCAAGGUAUAUUUUCACUGCAUUUUGUAGAUCUCCAAGUCUACUAUAUGUGUUCAUCUAGUGAGCAGACAAAUACAUACUAACAAAUACAUAUUUUAUUGUAGUAUUUCCUUAGCAAACUAAAUGCUAAUGUUUGCAGUACUUCAGCUCUGAUUAUUUUUCAAAACUAGACUUUUCCUCAAAAAUUCUCAGAAUUAGGAUUUGAGGUUUAUUUGGCCUCAUGUAUAUAUAUACUAUAAUCUUCAGGCUUGUACUGGUUCAAUAGGUCCUGACAAACUUACACAUGCUGUUCUUUCUGUUCCUAUGUGAGCAUUUGUCACACCUGGAACAAAUUUUUGCAUUAUUCGAAUGUUGCCACCAUCGUUUCCAACACACUGAAGAUGAUAUUCACCUCCACACACUGUUCUCUGGUUGUAAUUCAACAUUAAUGUUGUAAUUCUCACAGAAUGAACUGAUUGAGACAUUCUUCAUUCCAUGGUGUUACAGCUAUGCGUGGCUGUCCAGAAUGUGUUUUAUCUUCCAUAUCGCUGUGUCCACAGCUGAAACACAACACCCAUCACCUCACUGUACUCACAUCCACUGUUUGGCUACCAUAAAUACUCAGCAAGCAAUGUGACACAGCUUUUCUUCAUAUGUACUUCCAUGUCAGACGCUGUUUUUGGCAGACUGUCCUUAUAGGAGUUGUUACUUUUGGAGUAGCUUGCAUAUAAUGAAAAGUUUUGAACUUAAAAUAACUUUUCUAGAAAAUUAUGAAAUUUGUGAUAUUCAGAGUUAUUGCACCUCUUUGGCCCUCUCUAAUGUUGGCCACUAUGGUGUUUUCAAAUAGUGGUUCACCCGUUAAGAUGUAUCAGCUGUAUUUCACACUCACUGCUAAAUGUUUUGUUUCAGAUUAGUUUUGCCACAAAAUCAUGUACUUAAUAAAGUACUAGAAGAGAGAAUUUUCAUACAUGUAGGCAGAAGUUCAUUGUAUCUUUCAUUUCAAUAAUGUGAUUUAUUUUAUUCUUAAAAAAAAUAUAUCGAGGCGUACCGCUUUGACUACUUGUCAUAUAUUCUCUAACUUCUGCAGCAAGUCCUUCAGCUUUUUUAUCAUAUGGCAGUUUCAUUCCAAGAUAACUUACCAAGAUGUUUUUAUUCCUUUUUUUUUUUUU